ACGGUGGUGGCGAUGAAAUGGCUGAGGACGACGACAGUGCAACUUUCCAAUCUACAUUAGAGAUCCAUGGUGCAACUCAUCAGGUCAAACUCACACCGACACACAUUUUCUGGGAAAAUAUCUACAACCGACAGCCGACGAAAAGUUCACAGGAGGAACCAUUAUUCCGUCAUUUUGCCUAUUGUGUGCCAGUGAAGGAGAUUUUAUGUGUAAAUCCAACCUAUGGAACGUCAUACACUGAAGAUUUGAACCAGGACCAGCGCAGCCAUGGGUCGCCCGUCUACAUCGAGAUGCGGCCUCUCAAGCCACAGUCAUUCACCCUCAGUUAUGUCAAACGGUCUUCUCGCUUCAAGUGGAAGGUGAAAACAAUCACAUUUACCAGCAAGGAAGCCUACCUCUGUCAACAAUGGGUGUUCAGAAUCAGAAAUGCCAUAGACAAACUGGGUUUAUCAAGACCAGAAAGCCUGCUGGUAUUUGUGAACCCCUAUGGAGGGAAAAGACGGGGACCAAAAAUUUAUUCUGAGAAGGUGGCACCACUGUUUGAACAGGCAGGCAUCCGUACAGACGUCAUCAUUACUCAGCGACAGAACCACGCCAGAGACAUUAUACAGACCUACGACUUAUCCCGUGUGGAUGGUGUGAUAUGUGUGGGAGGAGAUGGAAUGUUUGCGGAGCUUUUUAACGGCCUCAUAGAUCGUAAGAACAGGGAAUUGGGGCUACCUCAGUGUAAGGACCAGGUACCAGCAUCGACAGACCUACGUAUAGGAAUCAUCCCAGCAGGGUCAACUGAUGCUGUUGUAUACACGACCAUUGGUACCAAUGAUCCUGUGACUUCUGCUCUCCACAUCAUUGUGGGUGACAGUAUUGGUCUAGAUGUGGCAGGUGUGUACUCCGCGGAACAGCUGAUACGAUACAACGUGACAAUGCUGUCCUACGGUUACUAUGGCGACAUGUUGAAGGACAGCGAGAAGAACAGAUGGAUGGGACCGAAACGAUAUCAUGUUUCAGGUGUGAAGAAAUUUCUCAGCAACAAAUCUUACGAAGGGGAGGUAUCCCUAUUGCUUGCACCCGAUGCAGAUACCAGCCCCCGGGACAAGACUGUCUGUGUUUCUGGAUGCAAUGAGUGUCGUCUUUCUCAGAUUAGGGACGAGGACAGAAUCCCUACCAGGAAUAUGUCAGCAUCGUCUAGCAGUGGACCUGGCACCGAUGGCUGGCACAGAAUACGGGGCAAGAUUAAAGUACUGAGCAGCUUCACCAUGAGUUGUCGUAAUGCUUUAACGCCCUAUGGAAUGGCCCCUGGGGCACAUUUAGGUGACGGUACCACGGACUUGAUGAUUAUAUCAGACUGUUCUAGGGCAAAUUUCCUGAAACACUUGCUACGAUGUCAGGAUAAGAAUGCUGACCAUUUUGACUUUGACUUCGUCCAAGUUUUCCGGGUAAAAGAAUUUCGAUUCCGGAGCCUACAUGACCAAAGUGAGGAUGAGGAGGACGGGAGUAGGGCAGCAGGAAUAACCCGGACCAAUCAUUCCCAGGGUAAUGUCCUUAACCCUAAGGUCAGUCUGUGGAACUGUGACGGUGAAAUCCUGGAAACGACUAACCUCCACAUCAAAAUUCACUGUCAACUGAUCAAGAUAUUUGCCCGUGGGAUUGAGGAGAAUGAGCAGCCUGUACAGUGUCCGUCAUGCUGUACCUCGUGUGAGACAGACAGUUGACAAGGGUUGCCUUGAUAAUUAUGGAAGUUUCUCCCUGGAAGGAAAGAUUUAUUACUUCACAAAAUUUAGUGCAGAAAAUUUGCAAAUGUAUUCAUUAAGGAAUGAAUUCCAAUGCUAGAUAGGGUAUAUGAACUUAUAUAUCCCUCCCGUUUCAAUAUUGUACUCUGGUAACUAUACCUUUGGUUUUUGGAGGUAGAUGUUAUCAGUCCAUAAAGUUUCUUUAAGUGAAAAAGUUUGAAUUACUGAAGACAAUUUAUUCAAAACCUUUGAUUGAAAGUAGGGAAUAGCUUUACACUCUCCCUGUAAAAGUUUUUUGUCCUUUUUGUUUCCAGAAUUAUCCCGAAUUCAAAUUUUUCCCUUGACAAAAAUCUUUUGUUUUCAAAAUUGUCAUUAUAUAAGAGAAUCAGAUGUCAAUAUUGAAGUAUUUUGCUUACCAUACAUUCUUUUCAUGUACCUAAGAAAGAUCAUGAUUCAAUAAUGAGUAUUCAGUUUCCUGUAUUGAUCACAAGAAUUUGCCUGCCUAUUUAAAAGUCCAAAUCCUAAAUAAAAUAAUUCAUUGUACCAACAGGAUACAUAGCUUAGUUGACAUGUAUUUCUCUCGGUUUGUUUUUAUAAAACCACUAAUGGGUACAUUUAAAUAUUUUCUCAAUUUUGGAAAUUUCCUGGAAUCUGAUAUUCCUCCCCGAAAUCAAACAGAUUUGUUACUAGAGAGAAAAUAGGUGAGGCCCCGAUCAUGUUGCAUGGUUAGACAUGGUGUGUACGGCCUCUGUUUGUCUUUCAUAAUCCAUAUCAAAUUGUUUUGUCAUUUUAGGUCGUCUACAAUGAUUAGAUGUUCUGUGAUUGUAAAUAAUGUGUAAACUGUAAAAUCUAUUUAUUAUUAUGGAAAAUAUAUUUAUGAUUUUUCAGAUUUUUUGAGUGUAGUUUGUGUGUAAUACAUUAUGUUAAUGUGUUUACAUGUUUUAUAUAAGUAUUGAUGUGUUAACUGGAUUUAACAUUGAUGUUUUACGUAAAAAUGUGAUACUGAGCACUAUCAGGAAUUCUAAACGAAAACAACAGAAUUUUAUUAAUGUAUAUGUCUUUAAAUAGAAAAUAAGGGCACCUGUAUGUUUCUGAAAUUUGACUUAAUUUGUAU